AUGACGUCAACCAUCAGCUUCAAUGACAGCGCCGUGAAUCACCAGACCUUCCUCCUCGUUGGCAUUCCCGGCAUGCAGGAGCGCAACUCUUGGAUGGCCUUCCCUCUCAGCCUGCUCUACCUCCUGACUCUCUUUGGAAACUUCACUAUCCUCUUUGUCAUCAAGACCGAGGAAAGCCUCCACGAGCCCAUGUACCUCUUCCUCUCCAUCCUCGCCUGCUCAGAUCUGGGCCUCACUGUGUCCACCAUGCCAACAAUGCUGGGCGUUUACUGGUUUGACGCCAGGGAAAUUUCAUUCACUGCCUGCCUCACCCAGAUGUGCUUCAUCCACCUGUUUCAGUGGACAGAGUCUGCAAUCCUCGUGGCAAUGGCUGUCGACCGCUUCAUUGCCAUACGCAACCCCCUGAGAUACACCUCACUUCUCCCAAAUACAGUAAUUGUAAAAAUAGGAAUCGCUAUCUUAUGCAGAGCCUGCUGCCUCCUCUUCCCGAUCCCUUUCCUGAUUAAACGCCUGCCCUUCUGCAGGUCCAAUGUCCUCUCUCACUCCUACUGUCUCCACCCGGAUGUGAUGCAUUUGGCCUGCGCAGACAUAACAGUCAAUAUACUGUAUGGGUUGGUUAUAGUCGUUAGCACACUGGGGUUGGAUGUUGUGGUCAUUCUUGUCUCAUACAUCCUCAUUCUGCAGACCGUUUUGAGCAUUGCUUCCCACACAGGGCGUCUGAAGGCCCUGAACACCUGCGUCUCCCAUGUGUGUGCCAUCCUGAUUUUCUAUAUCCCAAUGAUAGGUGUCACAGUGGUCCACCGCUUUGGAAGACACCUCUCUCCCAUUGUCCACAUGAUGAUGGCCAAUGUCUACAUCGCCGUCCCACCACUUCUUAAUCCCAUUGUGUACAGUGUGAAGACCAAGCAGAUCCGGCAGAGGAUUUGGAAAAUGUUCCAGUAA